AUGAAGUUCGUGACAGCUAGUUACAACGUCGGGUAUCCUGCUUAUGGUGCCAAAUUUUUGAAUAACGAUACAUUGCUUGUGGCAGGCGGUGGAGGCGAAGGAAACAAUGGGAUACCAAACAAGCUGACGACCUUAUGCGUGGAUCCUACUAAAGAGAAUGAGAAGGAACAGUUUCAUAUAUUGAGCGAGUUUGCAUUGGAAGAUAAUGAUGACUCUCCGACUGCAAUUGAUGCUUCUAAGGGUAUUGUUUUGGUAGGCUGCAAUGAAAGCAGCACCAAGAUUGCCCAAGGUAAAGGUAAUAAGCACUUGAGAAAAUUUAAAUAUGAUAAAGUGACUGAUCAGUUGGAGUUUGUCACUAGUGUGGACUUUGAUGCAUCCACUAAUGCAGAUGACUACACAAAGCUGGUGUAUAUUUCACGGGAGGGUACCGUUGCAGCUAUCGCAUCAUCUAAAGUGCCUGCCAUAAUGAGAAUCAUUGACCCAAGCGAUUUGACUGAAAAGUUUGAGAUUGAAACUAGGGGCGAGGUAAAAGAUUUACAUUUUUCCACCGAUGGUAAAGUUGUUGCUUAUAUUACCGGUUCUAGCUUGGAAGUGAUUUCGACGGUUACUGGGAGUUGCAUUGCUAGGAAGACGGAUUUUGAUAAGAAUUGGAGCUUAUCCAAAAUAAAUUUCAUAGCUGAUGAUACGGUGUUGAUAGCAGCCUCUUUAAAAAAGGGAAAAGGUAUCGUGCUGACCAAAAUAAGCAUCAAAUCAGGAAACACUUCUGUAUUAAAAUUCAAACAAGUGACAAACAAAUUCAAAGGGAUCACUUCCAUGGAUGUCGAUAUGAAGGGCGAAUUGGCGGUAUUGGCAAGUAACGAUAAUUCUAUUGCUCUCGUAAAACUAAAAGACCUGUCAAUAUCUAAAAUAUUUAAACAUGCUCAUAGUUUUGCCAUCACCGAAGUCGCUAUAUCUCCGGACUCUACAUAUGUGGCGAGUGUGUCCGCAGCCAAUACUAUUCACAUAAUAAAACUACCGUUCAACUACGCCAACUACACUUCAAUCAAGCAAAAAAUUUCCAAAUUUUUCACUAACUUCAUCCUUAUUGUGUUGCUUUCUUACAUUUUACAGUUCUCUUAUAAGCACAAUUUGCAUUCCACGCUUUUAAGUUACGCGAAGGACAAUUUUCUAGUUAAGAGAGAUACCAUCUCUUCACCCUACCUAAUUGAUGAAGACUUACAUCAAACUACUUUGUUUGGCAACCACGGUACAAGAACGUCUGUAUCCAUCACAGAUUCCAUAAGAGUACACGACGUGCAUGAGACAGGUCUUGUGAAUGGGACUGAAGGCCUCCAUACUGAAAGUAACCUCAUCAAUACUGAAGCGGCAGAGUUUGAGAUCACCAACGCAACUUUUCGAGGAAGAGAUGAUGCUUGA